UGCAAAUCGAUAUUCACGGAUACCAGGACGAAAGGAUGAAAUUCCUCCUCUGGUGCGAUGGCGACUAUUUCAUUAUUCCCUCUUCUUAUCAAGGGCGAUUCAGGGCUUGUCCCAAACAAAUCAACAGCGUCGAAGAUCUGUUGAAGCACAAUGGAGAUCGUGUGUUGGUAGUGAAAGAGGCCAAGUAUAUGUCAUAUGAUUCCGUUAACGUUGGGGAUGUCUUAGACCUGACACGAAGGAGAUUAUCUCAUCUAGAAAGAGUCGAACAAGGAAAACAUCAUCGGGAUGCGGAGGUGGAAGUACUGCUGUGUACGAAAGAAUCCCCCGGCGCUAUGUACUCAAUACCAGUCAGUCUCCCAACAUUCAUGGAAGGUGUAUUUGAACCAAUCCCCAAAGACACAACCCUAUACAGCAUAACCAAUGCCCAUGCGGUUUACAAAAGAGGCAGUCAAUUUGAACUUGUCAGACCGGAUCCACGAUUCGAGGAUAUAUUGCCACAAAAUACCAGGAUAACACUGGACUUUUGUAUCAGAGAACCCGAAAUUAUGAUAUCGUUAGCAGACGACAAAAUGGCUAUGCAUCUUCCAACAAGGACAGAUAUACAAGUUUCAUUCAUGACACAGAUUCAGCACAAAAAUGUGAAACUGGCUGAGUUGGACAGUGCACCAGAGAAGUUAUCAGCUGAACGAUACAACGAACUUGCAGCCCAAGACCACGAUUACGAAACGGUUGACUACG